CGCGUUUAGAUGUUAUAAUGCAUAUCAGAAUUGAACUGUAUGCUGUAGUUAAAGAUACAUUAUGGGAGACUUUUAUAAGGAGUUAGCCAUUCUUGCUAUAACAGUUCAAAAUAGAUGAUGAAAGAAGAAUAUAUUGAAAAUUUCAGUCAAAUUACUUUAUUCUGAACAUAGUUAUCACCAGUGUAAUUUUUGGCUAGAAAUGGGAUUGAAUUCCAUCUUCACCGAUUCUUGGUAUGGCUGAUCGUUUGAUUGACAGGCGUUAACUGCACCUACAUAAUCUCUGCUGUCUUUUGUCUGCUGUCAUCAUAUCCGAAUUUGUGCUUUACCUUUUUGGAUUUUUAUAACAAUUGGACAAACUGAGUGAGAGGAAUAAAAUUAAUGCCGCCAUUAUGGUUAAGAUAAAAGUGGUUUUAUUUGGAACUUCCGUUUUAUUUGUGACCGUAUAUUUAGCACUAUUUUAUAUCAGUCAUGGGGAGACUAAUUUAACGAAUGGAAUUAAAAGAUUAAUCCAAAACGAAACGAAAUGGGGUUUACUGGCCUAUAUUUCUGCAAUAACGGGAACCCAAAAGGAACCCACGAGCUGCCCAGAUAUUUUGAAGUACAUGCCACGGGGACAUUGGAAGACACGCCUAGUGACGUCAGAGGAACAUAUAGAGAUGAAAACGUUUUUACAGAGAGCUAGAACUCAACAUUUACUUCCGCCAUCUUUACAGCGAACAGACGGUAAAUGUGGAAAUGUGACGUUUGAUAACCUAAAGAAAGGCUUCCACAAUCUGUUGUGGUUUCGUGCCUUGUGUGAUCCGUAUGGAGCUACGCCAUGUUGCCAUCAAAACGUUUGUACUAAUCAUAAUGUUAGUCAGUGUGCAUGCGAUGAUUGUUAUGAUAUGAGACAGACCAUUAAUGCCGAGCACGCGUCAUGGGUGCCCGAUAACAGAGCAUGCAGCAUUCCAGAGAGAAAUAACACGGAAAUGUGCGACAUAUUAAACAAAAUGAAGAUUAUUUUUAUUGGGGACUCUUUUAUUAGACAUGUAUACCUUGCUUUUCUUCUGCUACUGCGGAAUAAUACACUUGAUGGCGGAAUGAGCAAAUAUAUCACAAAAGGUCAACAUGAUAGAUGUGUCGGUUUGUACAUGUUUACAGAGAAGGAAUGUCGCGGACUUAUAGACAUGUAUCCAAGUCUGUGUAAUGGCAACACGUUUCUUCAGUUGAAGGAAUAUAACAGCCUCCCUGUAGCAGCCAACAUCAGUAGACUCAUAAGAUCGGUCUCCAAUCAACGUAAUACAAUUUGUAUCAUAGGACAGGGUAUUCAUGACAAUUAUGACCAUGCUAGGUUGUGGUCCCAGCUUUUGUUCCCAAUUCUCAGGCAUAGAAAGUCAUUUAAUUUGACGUGGCCAAAAAUCGUAUGGGCAGCUCCGCACGCACCAGGAAUGUUAAAGACUCCAAGAGUUCCGGAACAAAGUCAUGCAAGUGUAAUAAAGUUUACUGACCAUAUCGGAACUUAUUUAAGCAAAUGGGAUAUUCCUGUAUUUGACAGUUUUAAUUUAACUGAUGGUGUGAAUAGUUUUGAUGGAGCUCAUUAUGGACUUGGUGUUAAUUUAAUCAAAGCUAAAAUAUUAAUAGAAUAUAUCAGAGAAUUAAGAUCACGAGAAAAAUCGUGAAUUCAGUGUUAAUCUUAAUAUAUUUUUUUAAAGUUUAAUGUCUUUCAAUCUGAGAUGAAUUAAAGGGGAUAUUUUCGCUUCAGGUGCAACCCAAGAAGAAUGGGAUGGUAAUCGGCCAUAUACAGCAGUCGUACUGUAUUCCAAUAUUAAAAAUGAAAAUAAAUAUCACACAGAACAUA